AUGACGAGCAAUGGCGUGGACGUAGCGCUGGCGCCUAAUUCGAGCGUGAUCCUAGAUCCGGCCGAAUCGUUAUCUUUUCAUUUGCAGCCACAGAUGGCACCUCAGGCGGUGCUGACAAUCCGCAAUGUGGCAGACGACCGACAGGUCGCUUUUAAAGUCAAGACGACGCGGCCUCUACGCUACCUAGUACGACCGAACCAGGGACUACUCGGGCCUAAUGGCUCUGCUUCUAUCAUGGUGAUACUACAACAGAAGGAUUGUGACGAACUAUUGCGCUUGGAUCCGGCCGAGCGCCAACUGGCUAACGACAAGUUCCUGGUACAGAGUAUCUACGUAGAUGAUAGUUUCUAUGAAAUGGUUAAGACGAAAUCGACAAAGGAGAUGGCAGAUGAACUCACAAAUAUGUGGGCGCGAACAGAUAAGCGCGCAUUAUCGAAUAAAAAGCUUCGAUGUCGCUUUGUACAAGACGGCGAAGACACUAGCCGUUCUAUUUCUCCGCCCCGAGUUUUGUCGACCAGUGAGUCACCUUCCAAGACAGCAGUUACCUCGGAUUUGAGAUCUCAAAAGGAAGAGGGACAAGAGACGGUAACAACGCCCGCGCAGCUUGCGUCGGCACUAUUGCAAGAUGACAAAUCAAAAGGCGUGGAUAGCAGAGAUGGAGGUCAAGAAACCAUUCAAGAGAUUGCUGGACUGCGUAAAAAAUAUGACGAGCUUGUGGCAUUUACAGUACAACUGACCGCACAGCGCGAUGUAUUGAUGAGCGACUUGGACAAGACCCGCCAGGCGUUACAAAAGUCAAAUACUGAUGCUCAGCGAGUGAAGAAACUUUCUGAGGAGUCGAUGGGUUUACGUCAGCGAAAAGCAGGUGGCGCAAUUGGAGCUUCUGGCAAGGAAAGUUCGCACGCGGUCGUGGAUACCAAUGCAAAGGAGCAAAAUGCAUUCGGACCCCUUCAUCUCUUUAUUUGCGCAGUGAUUUUCUUUUUGAUUGGACGGUACUAUUAG